AAAAACCAAACGGGAAACCUUUGUUUUAUAUAUAUUUGGCGAAGAGAAAAUCAUCCAAUCGGCGUUAAGUUUUAGAAUUAGAGGAAUCUGGUUUUGCGAAGAGAAGAAAAAGGCUGGGAUCGUCUUUGUUUUGUUUUGUUUCUGAAGGAAGAGAAAGAGAGGUUGAAAAAGCUUCAAAAAUGGCGGUUUUUAGAGUUUCACGAGGUUUGAUUAUUGACGGUUUUGUUUGAUUUUUUUAUCAAUGGAAAUGCCCAGUCGCAGAUCCAACUACUCGCUCCUUAGUCAGCAUCCUGACGAUCAGUAUUCCGUGUCUCUAUCAGGAGGCCCACCGCCGUUUUACGAUUCGCUUUCCAGCGAAGCUACGACUAGUAGAAUCAGCAAAGUGAAAUCAGAGAGAGGUUUAUUGGAUUGGGAUCAGAAUCAGAGUCAGAACCAAGGCCAGAACAUGCAGCUAGCGAGUCGAAUCGGUGGAGGAGGGAAUACUUAUGGGUCGUCAAUCGGGCAUCAACGGCACUCGAGCGGGAGUAGUUUCGGUGCGAGCUCGUUAUCUGGAGAUUAUUAUGUGCCUACGCUUUCUACGACGGCGGCGAACGAAAUUGAUUCAUUCGUGUACGGCUACGAUGGGAGCUUUAGGCAUGGGGAAUUUGGAACGAAAGUUGGGGGUUCGUCGUCGGGGAAAAGCUGGGCGCAGCAAACGGAGGAGAGUUAUCAGUUGCAGUUGGCGUUGGCUUUGAGGCUUUCUUCUGAAGCUACCUGUUCUGAUGAUCUGAAUUUUUUGGAUCCGAUUCCGGAUGAUUCUGCAAUUCGGUCGGCUAGUUCUAGCUCUGCGGAGACAGUUUCGCAUCGGUUCUGGGUUAAUGGCUGCUUAUCAUACUUCAACAAAGUUCCUGAUGGGUUCUAUUCAAUGCAUGGAUUGAAUUCAUAUGUCUGGAUUGUGUGCACUGAAUUGCAUGAACACGGUCGAAUUCCAUCAAUUGAAUCUCUAAGAUCUGUUGAUCCAAAUGUCGAUUUGCCACUAGAAGUGAUAUUAGUUGACCGAAGAAGUGAUCCUGGCUUAAAGGAACUCCAAAAUAGAGUCCACAACAUUUCUUGUAGGUGCAUAACCACAAAAGAAGUAGUCGAUCAGUUAGCGAAGCUUGUAUGCACUCGCAUGGGGGGUUCAACCACUACUGGAGAAGAUGACUUUGUUUCCUUUUGGAGGCAGUGCAGUGACGAUUUAAAAGAUUGCUUAGGUUCAGUUGUGCUUCCUAUAGGAAGCCUAUCUGUUGGCCUUUGCAGACAUCGAGCUUUACUAUUCAAAGUGCUAGCAGACACUAUCGAUCUACCAUGUCGAAUUGCGAAGGGCUGCAAAUAUUGUAAAAGAGAUGAUGCUUCCUCCUGCCUUGUUCGCUUUGGACUUGACAGGGAGUAUCUUGUUGAUUUAAUUGGGAACCCAGGUUACCUAUGCGAGCCUGAUUCCUUGAUCAAUGGUCCAUCUUCAAUAUCAAUUCCGUCCCCAUUGCGUUUUCCAUGUCUCAAACCAGCUAUACCUGCCAUUGAUUUCGGGUCAUUGGCCAAACAGUACUUUUCGGACUGUGAAUCACUUAAUCUUGUAUUUGAUGUUGCUCCAGCAGGUGCUACUACAAAUGAAGAAAAUUUUGGAUUCUCUCUUUAUCCCAAUAAACACGAUAAGAUUGACACAGAGAGAAAUAAGCUUGUGCAGAUUUCAAGUAAUAUAGAUGGUAUUUCACUGUUGCCCCAACCUAACAUUGCUCGGCCAACUUCUCACGAUAGAGAUUCCCAGUAUUCUCAGCCUAUAGUACACUCAAAGAACAUUAUUAAAGAUCCUUCAAAGCACAUCUCUCUGGUAGGACAUAAGGAUGUCCCAGCAGUUGUCUUGUCUGAACCGAUGGGGUGUGUGGCUAAGGAUUCAAGGUUUACUGAGGGCAGUGAGCUUGUACCCAGCAAACCAAGUAGGGAACUUGCCCUUGAAGUUGAUGAUUUGGAUAUUCCGUGGAGUGAUAUUGUUUUAAGAGAGAGAAUUGGUGCUGGUUCUUUUGGAACUGUCCAUCGUGCUGAAUGGAAUGGCUCAGAUGUUGCUGUGAAAAUUCUCAUGGAACAAGACUUGUAUGCUGAACGAUUCAAAGAAUUUUUGAGGGAGGUGGCAAUAAUGAAACGUCUACGUCAUCCAAACAUUGUUCUUUUUAUGGGAGCAGUUACUCAGCCACCAAACUUGUCCAUAGUGACAGAAUACUUAUCAAGAGGUAGCUUGUUUAGGCUUUUGCAUAAGCCUGGUGUGAGGGAGGUGUUGGAUGAGAGGCGGCGAUUGAGUAUGGCUUGUGAUGUGGCAAAGGGAAUGAAUUAUCUUCAUAGACACAAUCCUCCUAUUGUUCAUAGAGAUUUGAAGUCUCCCAAUCUUUUAGUUGAUAAAAAAUAUACUGUGAAGGUUUGUGAUUUUGGGCUUUCUCGUUUGAAGGCAAACACAUUUCUUUCAUCCAAGUCGGCAGCUGGAACUCCUGAGUGGAUGGCUCCUGAAGUUCUUCGUGAUGAGCCAUCAAACGAGAAGUCUGAUGUAUACAGUUUUGGUGUAAUUUUGUGGGAACUUGCAACGUUGCAACAACCAUGGGGCAAUUUAAAUCCAGCACAGGUUGUAGCAGCUGUUGGUUUCAAGGGCAAAAGGCUUGAUAUUCCUCGUGAUUUGAAUCCUCAAGUGGCUGCCAUAAUUGAAGAAUGCUGGGCCAACGAGCCUUGGAAGCGUCCUUCAUUUUCCAACAUCAUGGAACGAUUGAAAUCACUGAUUAAGCCUUCCACCCCCCAACCAGGGUGUCCCGAUGUGCCAUUGCUUGCCUGAAUGGUCGUGCAACUCCAUCAAAGCCUCCUUCAUGCACAUAAUACAGUAUUCUUUUUGACAUUAAAUGCAUUGCAAAGGUACAUGCUAAAUUACUAAAGAACUGUGUGUCAUGCACGUCUGUUCGCAUAUAUAGCCGACUAGGACCUCGGAUUUUUAAUAUGAACUGAAGUGUAAAGACUAAAGGGGUUUCUGUGGAUUUUGUAUUUUCAAAUGUAAUUAGUGGAAAAAGUUGUAGUAUAUCUCUCUCUCAUAAUUGUUGCAUGUAAAGAUUUAACUGGAAUUAGAUCAAUGAGAAGAAACUUAUUUGAGAA